AACUCCGCCAUCUGCUGCUAGACUAGCUUGAACAACGUCCCUUGAGAAUCCAUCGACCCGCUUAAUCGGGAACGCGCGAAGCCUGCCGCAGGUGGGCAUGCAAUUUGAAAUGCACGAUAGCUCCAUCGAACCCGUCGUCAAUAAAUUCUCGGCGGGAUGCAGCUCACAGGAAACCAGAUUCGUGUCAACCAGCACCGGUCGUUCGUUGGUCGUGGGAAAUACUCCUCACUGCAACCUCGUCUUUUUGGUCAAGGAACCUGAGACGAAAUUCCAGCUCCUGACUGUCCACUCCUUUUACAUACAUACCUCUGGUAACUCACCCUCGUUUUUGAGUUUCAGGCCAAUAAAAUGAAACCCCAAACCUUUUUUUCGCCCGCCGGUUUGGUGACACUCCUCAGCAUGGCUACUUCGAUCGACGCCCAGACGUCUGGGGAAACAUGCUGUGACCUCCUUGGUCAGGCCGGCCUCAGCCAACGGCUUUUCACCAUCUCCACUGAGACCUACGUCAACGCGGAAGCAACGUACUGGUCCCUUGACAACGCCAACCGGAAGCCGAAAUGCAUCUUCAUGCCGCAGACGGCCGAUGAGGUAGCCACGGCAAUCAAGGCGCUGAACGGCCCGGCAGUCAGCAACGUUCACUCCAAGAAGACCUGCAACAAGGGCUGCAAGUUUGCCGUGCGCGGCGCUGGCCACAUGGCCAACCCUGGCGCCAACAACAUCAACGAUGGCGUGACGAUUGACUUUAGUGCCAUGACCACUACCACCUACCAUGCCGACAGGUCCAUCGCCUCCAUCCAGCCCGGCACCCGCUGGGGCUCCGUCUACACGGAGCUCGCCAAUUACGAGACCAUGGUCCUUGGCGGUCGCGCGUCCACCGUCGGUGUCUCCGGCUUGAUCCUGGGCGGCGGCAACUCCUUCUACUCGUCGCAGCGCGGUUUUGCCUGCGACGGCGUGGCCAACUUUGAGGUGGUGCUGGCCGACGGCAGCAUCGUCAACGCCAACGCGACCAACGAGCACGCCGACCUGUACCGCGCCCUCAAGGGCGGAUCCAGCAACUUUGGCAUCGUGACGCGCUACGACCUCAACACCUUUACGGCGCCGGCCACGCUCUGGGGCGGCACCAUCGGCUUCGCCGCGUCGGCCGGCGCGCAGCUCAUCUCGACGCUGCAAAAGUUCGUCUCGGUGCUCGGCGACGAGGGCCACCAGUCCGACUCGGCCAUCGUCUUUUGGACCUACACGCAGGGCGGCGGGCUCCCGGAGCCCAUCAUCAUCAGCGCCCUGCACAACGUCGAGGGCAAGGUCGACGCGCCCGGCCUGGCCGACUUUGUCAGCAUCCCGGGCAACGUCAGCUUCGCCAUGCGCACCGACAGCCUGGUCGCCUUCACCGACGAGCUCGAGGUGCCGCGCGGCAGCUACAACUCGUGGCGGACGCUGACGUUCAAGAACAGCGGCGAGGUCAUGACGCACGCCGUCGACACCUACAACGCCAUGGUCAAGGAGUUCGAGGCCGAGGCCCCGACGCUCGGCUUCACCGCCCAGUGCAUGUUCCAGGGCCUGUCGGUGAACCAGUUCAAGCAGGCCGCGGUCAACGGCGGCAACGUCCUCGGCCUCGACGACCGCACCGACAACCUCAUCAUGUUCCUCGGCAUGCUGGCCUACAAGGACCCGAGCCUCGAGUCGCUGGUCAACGCCAAGAUGACCGCCUGGGUCGACGACAUCAAGAAGUUUGCCGCCUCCAAGGGCGCCGACGACGAGUACCUCUUCCUCAACUAUGCCCACAUCAGCCAGAGCCCGUUCCGCAGCUACGGCCAGAAGAACCUGGCCUUUAUGAAGGAGGUUGCAGACAAGUACGACCCCCGCGGAGUGUUCCAGAUCAACAUGCCCGGCGGAUUCAAGAUUUCAAAGGCUUGAAAAAGGGGCCAAGAGAACCGGGCUCCUGUCUACAGCGCGUCGAGCAAUAUAUAUUGCAUCCCGAUGGGCUGCAACGGUAUCCUUUCAGUGAUCAGGGGGUCAGGUUGCUGCAUAUAGAUUGGUAAUGUAGAGCAUGAACGCAUUUGCAUUUGAUUUAGCGAAAGUCAGGUCCAUUUAUAGUUUUAUUUAAUCUUGUGGUUUUUUACUCUAGCAGUAUUGCCUCCCUGUACUUCCAUAUUAGUCACUUGUUUGUAAGCCCGCGUCUCCAAAGAACGUUGAUAUCUAUGUCUAGAUGCAAAAAGUACUGAAAC